AUGGAUUUAUCGAACUUAUCGUCAAAUCUACCAUUAACCAAACCUAUUUCUCAGGAAAGUGUUGAUGGGGUUAACCAACAACUCAACAAUGAAUUCAAAGAUGCAGCAAAGCUGGUAACUAACUUAUAUAACAAUUUAUCUCAAUCAUUACAGUCAUCACAAGAUCCAUCACCAUCGCAACCUAAGGAUUCAGAUUACAAAGAAGAUUUUACUAAAGCAGCUAAAUCCAUAGCUUCUUUAUAUAGGUUGAGUAGAGAUUCUAGUCAUUUAAACCAUUAUUUCGGGUACUUAAGUUGUUUGAAUGAUUUAUUACUGGUGAUAGAAAACGGUGAAGAUCUAGAAAAUUGGAUUUUGACCAAGAAACAUGAAUUAGAAAAUCAAAAAGAUGAUUCCAGAAUUGAUACCACCCAAGAACAAGAAGACAAUAAAGAAGAUAAAGAGAGAUUCAACAUUAGAGAUGUGUUGAACCAUGAAUUUUCCAUGGAUGAUGAACUAAUACUGCCAUAUAAAUUUAGAUUAGGAUACCCCCAAUUGAGCAGAAGAAGUAGGCAGAAAGAAAGACCCAAACCAAAGGAAAAGGUCAAGGAAAAAGCUAAGGAGAAAGUCAAAGAAAAACCAGAAAGACUCAAAAAAGAUAAUAAAGAAGAAGAGUCAGAAGAACUGGAAGAUGAAGAGACUUGUAAGAGAAAAUCCCAUUUAACGAAUAUCAUGAGAAAGAAAGUAAAGUUCCAAUAG